AUGAAGAUUCCCGACUCUGCAAAGUCCGCUACUGACAGAGCCGAGUUUCCGUCAAGCCAAAUGCAAUCCCAACAAACACCACCAACAUACGAAGAGAGCACGCAGAAUGCGAUGGAAAAAUACGAAAGGCAAGUGGAACUUGCCAAGACCCCUGAGGACCUGUUAGAACCACUCUUGUUAGGCAUGAGUAUCGAUGAAAAACGAGAGCUCAUAGAGGAUGCUCCAGAAGUAGUCUUUGUGGAGUCUGGGGACAAGACAAUAAGAACUUUGAGCCUUGAGAGUCGGCUUGAAAAUGCAAACUGCGACGAGCUUGCUCAACGGGUAGCCUACCGUUACCAUUUACUCAACGCAUCAUCGAACUGA